CUUCGACUUCGAUAGCGAUCAUGGCCACCUAUGAAUGGUGUUAUUUCUUCUAAUAAUUUUCAAAUGGCUGAUUCAGAAGCCGGAGGUGCCAAGCCUGAUAGUUUCAUUAAGAAACGAAAACCAAGUUCGGAUUAUGCUCUUAAAAAGCGAGUUCCUCAUCGAAACUCUCAUCGCAAGAAUGAUGUGUACGUUACCAGCAAAUCAACUUCUCAGUCUCAGUUAGCACUUUGUGAAAAAUUGUUUGACUCAGGAGAGUCAGAAAUUUUUAUAUAUGGUCUGGGAUCAGCUGUAUGUCCAGCAAUCAAUAUAGCUUUGCAGCUGAAAGAGAAAUAUCCAAGAGUUUAUGAAGUCUCUGUUGAAACCUCAACGGUUGACAUUGUCGAUGAUCUUGAACCUCUUGUGGAUCAAGUAGAUUACGAAACCCAAACAAGGCAGAAUUCAGCAGUUCGUAUUCGAGUGUAUCGCAUUCAGCCAGAGACAGCAAAAAGCUAAACAUGUUUUUUACAUUGGGUGAACUUGUGGCGUGGUUGGGACUCACUGUGUUUGAAAUAUGGAUCAAUCUCAUAGCUAUUACUAUAUUCACAGUGCUCCUGGCAUUACGUGUUGAAAACGUAAUAGUUGGCACAAAUUCAUGGUGGGUGGUUUUCUCGCCCUUAUUUGCAGCAGAUGGUUUGAAUGCAUAUUUUUGUACAAUUGUAUAUAUUCGUAUGCACUUGGAAGGAAUGUACAAGGCUGCCUUACUCCGAGCGGCAUGGAGUGUUUCUUUCCUUGUUUUAUUAUUUGUGUUUAAAUUUCUACUUUGCAACAAACUCUCUGGGCAGAAUGGCCUAGAGUACUCGGAAGUUUUGUCUCCCGUAUUUAUACUCUUACAGCUAAUUGCAGUUCGGGCAUGCCACUUGCACUAAAAGAUAAUGGUUUUGAUGUGAAUCAUAUAAUAAUUUAACAAAAUCGAAAGGAAUGCAUCUUAUCUUGCAAGUUAAUGGACUGUUCAAAUGGAAUAACCCUCAAUUAAAAUUUAAGAUUCUCCAACAGAUUAUCAGCUUUCGAAUGUACUUAAAUUUUAAUUGAAAAAUAUAAAUAACAGAUUGAUUCUAUGCAUUUGGCAUAUUGAUGCUCUGACACUCCUCUUGUAUUGUGUAUUUAUAAAACAUGUAGAGCUAGUUUGUGUACUGACCAAAUCAAAUUAUACUUCCAAGAAUUUUUCUUGCCUUGUCAUUUUUUCAAUCACAAAUUUGUAUAAGUAUACCUAUCCAAAGAACCAUGUAUCUAUAUUAGCAUUAGAAAUAUAUUAUUUUUCAAACAAAUAUGAGAAGGAAGAAAUUAAAGCUGUAUUUUAAGAAAACAAUUCAUUUCAUUUUAUUUGGCAUGUAUGCUUCAGAUUUUAGUAGAGGAAUUAGAAACAAUGAGAGCAGUAAAUGAUACCUGUUAACUCAUUAAAGUCUGACAAUUAUUGUGUUAUCAAUCUUUUUUCUCUAUAAUAGCCUUAUUUUUAUUACCUGUGAAUGAGCUCAUGAUUUAAUUCAAACGAUUUUUUCACUUAUUUCAAUC